AUGAGAUUGGUAAUUCACAACGAAACGGUGCGUUUUGCUGACACGGCAAAACCGCAAAUCCAAUUGCGGAACAACAACUCCUUGUCGUCGUCGUCCUCGUACAUUUCCGUUCUAAAACCCUACUCGCUCUGCAACUACACCACCAUCGCGGCGUCACACAAAGCCCUAACAACGGCCAUGAAAACUCUCGACGAAUCCGACGUCGGCAUCUUCUGCUACAUCUCUAACCUCCCUGGCUUUCGCGGCAUUCUCAAGCAAAGGUACUCUGAUUUUAUCGUAAAUGAAGUAGAUACUGAUGGGAAUGUUGUCCAUUUGACCUCUUUGGAUGCGCCACCAGAGACCCGUGAGGAAACUAGAACUGAGACAAUUGAUGCCGGAACCAAGAGUUAUACUUCUGAAAUUGAGUCUUUUAGAUGUCUUGCUGGUGACUCUGAUGCUGAGAGUUUGGAAGCUUUGAUUAAUCAAAUUAAUUCUGGUGGUGGUGAAGAAGUUUCACCUAUUGUUCUCUCACCAAGUUCUGAUAAAUCUCAUAGAACGGAAAUACAUAAUUUUUUCAAGAAGAACUUCAAGUUCCUAGUCACUGAUACUGUUGACGGACCAGAUGCUUCUUCAAAAUGCAUCCGUGUGAGAUUAAAUUCCGGGAGGCACAAUAACCAUGGCAGGAACUCCAAGAAACGGAAAGAAAGAGGUGAUAAACCUUUUGAUCGCAGAGGUUCAGAUGACUGGCCAGAGCAUGUUGGCAAAUUUCUUAGGUUUCAUCUUUACAAGGAAAACAAGGAUUCACAGGAGGCAUUGGGACUGAUCGGGAAGAUGCUUGGCAUCCAGCCUAGGUCAUUCGGAUUUGCAGGAACAAAGGAUAAGCGUUCUGUCUCAACUCAAAGGGUAACUGUGUUUAAGCAGCGUGCCAGUAGGUUAGCAGCCCUCAAUGAUAGGUUGAUUGGUAUUCAAGUGGGUGAUUUCUGCUAUGUGAAGGAAGAACUUGUUCUCGGUCAACUAUCGGGAAACAGAUUUACCGUCACAUUGCGAGGAGUUGUUGCAGAUUCUGAAGAGACCAUUAAAGCAUCUGCAAGUGCCCUAGGAAGACGGGGUUUUAUUAAUUAUUUUGGUCUUCAACGCUUUGGAAGUGGAUCUGUGCCGACUUAUCUUAUUGGAGCUAUGCUAUUUAGAGGAGAGUGGAAAGAUGCUGUACAUAUGAUUCUUGAUCCAAGAGAAGGGGAAAGAGAUGUAAUUACAAAGGCACGUGAAUAUUAUAAGGAAACUAAUGACAUCGACGGGACCCUGAGGCAGUUACCUCGACAUCUGGUUGCUGAGAAUGCUAUUCUGCAGUGUUUGAAAAAAUGUCCUGGGAACUACCUGCAGGCUCUGAAAGCAAUACCUAGAACUUUGAGAAUGAUGUAUGUACAUAGUUACCAAAGCUACCUAUGGAACCAUGCAGCUAGUACGAGGGUACAGAAAUACGGAACUGACCAAGUUGUGGUAGGAGACCUGGUAUUCUGUAAAGAACAUAAUAUUGAGAAGGUGAAAGGAACUGCCAGUGCUGAUUGCAAAGAUGAAGAUUCGAAUGCAAUAUUUGGUUCUCAUGAUAUAGAUGAAGUCUCAGGCGCAGAACUUCCCGAAGAAAGGAACAACCCUGUGAAGGUUGUUGCUGCAGAAGAUAUUCUUGCUGGAAAUUUUGCGAUUGAUGAUGUCGUCCUUCCUUUGCCGGGUUCAAGAGUAAUUCUUCCAACAAAUGACAUAGCCCAAGUUUAUCAUGAUCUGGCAAAGAAGGACGCAAUCAGCUUGACAGAGAGUGCACACAAUGUUAAAGAAUUCUCAAUUACUAGUAUGACCGGAAGUUAUAGACGCGUUUUUCAAAAACCAGUUGAUUAUGAGUGGGAACUACUGACGUAUACCAAUGGCACAAUACCUUUGGCAGAGACAGAUUUAGACAUUAUUGCUAAAUCUAAACCCGCACAUGUCGCUGAAGAGAAUGAAGUGAAUGGAAACGAAGAGAGCACAAAAAGAUCAAAGCGCGUCGAGAAUGAGGCGGUGCUUCAAACAGAUGAUAACAAGGUGGAUGGCGAGAGAGAAGCUGAGCUACAAGCUGAAUCCACUUGUGGCACUAAUUCUCAGGAACCCCAGAUGGCGCUCAAGUUGAGCUUCACUCUCCCUGCUUCAUGCUAUGCAACAAUGGCCAUCAGAGAGCUACUGAAGACAUCAACUUCUGUCGCUUUUCACAAAACGUUAAACUAGGGAACGGCAUUGUUCCUCCUGGAGUUUUGAAGAUUUCCAUUUCCAUUUCCAGGAUAGACCAGGCCAAGGUUAGAUGUAUCAAGAAUGAGAGACACAAGAAGUAUACGGGAUAGAAUUGUAUUCUGUUGUUCUAUUUUUAUAUUUAAGGAAAAAAAGUACCUUUAAUACAUUAGUUUUUUUUUUUUGAACUGAACAUCAGUUUCUAUUCAAUAUAAUGCGCAAUGUUCAAUAAACUCAAAAUUUAUGAUGAUCCAGAUUGAAAA